AUGGGAUACACGGCCGCGGACUUCUGUGAAGCUGAGGGACCCAACGGCGUGGACACACUGAUUGGAGGCGAUUGCUAUUGGAACUUCGUCACGGGCCAAGUUGCGGGAGUUUUCAAGGUGCUGGGACUAACGUGGAAACCUGCCACAGACCUCGUAACAUUUGCACCAGACGAUGUUCUGAACUUCGUAGAGAAGCACUCAGACACAAAAAGGUUUGUCCUACAGACUACAGCCAGACUCUACGAUCCCCUAGGAUUCAUCGCGCCAUUUGUCGUGCGAGCGAAGAUCCUAUUUCAACAAAUCUGGAAACAGAAGAUGGAGUGGGACGACCUACUGCCUUUUGACCUGCGCAGUGAAUGGCACCGAUGGUGUGCGGAUCUUCCAUUGCUAUGUGACGUCAUGGUGCCACGUUUCUACAUACGGGGAAUAGAGGGAGCGACGAUCAAGACAAACCUGCACAUCUUUGCCGAUGCUAGUCCUCAGGCGUAUGGAGCCGUAGCAUACGUAACUAUGACGAAUGAUUGCGGCACCACGACAUCCACGAUCCUGCUUUCCAAGUCUCGAGUGGCACCUCUAAAAGAACUUUCUGUAGCGAGGCUAGAACUUUUGGCAUGUCUUUUGGCAACCAGACUAAGUGUCUACAUUAAGACCAAGCUGCAGGAGAACAUCCACAAAGUGCACUUGUGGACCGAGGCCAAGAUAGCUCUUUAUUGGAUCCUCGGAGAAGCAAACGUCUGGAAACAGUUUGUAAGAAAUAGAGUCGUUGAAAUCCAGCGAAACUCUAAUCCUUGCUCUUGUAAACACUGCCCAGGCAAAGAGAACCCGGCUGACCUGGUGACCAGAGGAAUCACAGCCAGGGAGCUGCUCGACAGUGAAGUAUGGUGGAAAGGACCUAGCUGGUUAACAGUACGAGAGCGGUGGCCAGAGAAGUCUGAACCGCAAGAAUUCAAUAUAGAAGAAACAGAGAAGAAAAAAGGUUGCAGCGUUACCCACGGCAACAGCAGACCAAACGAUGGCUCCAGAAAUUGA